CGGGCGGCCAAGCCGCAUCCUCAAAAGAGGACCCAGACCCAAACCCAUCGAACCGGGCGGGACCCCUGAGGCUUUCCCAUCGCCGAGGGAGAGGCAUCAAGCGAACGAAGGAGAAAAACAAAAAAGCAAUUGGACAAUCUGAAGAGCUGCGGGUUUCCAACAAUGUCGUGCAUACCGUUUCGUCGCACGGCAAAGAAGAAGAAGGAGAAACCGUCGUUUAUGCGGAGGAUGACAACCAUGAAAAUUGCUUCUCCCAGUCAGCCGACCUCCGCUUUGUUCAUGGCUUCCCUGCUUUCGUCAGCACAAGUCUUCAACGCUACCCACAAACCCAUGUACAUCCACGAUGCGUUCAAGAAACACGCCGUGAGGGUUUGGAAAGAAGCUCGCGGAAGCGACAAGCUACUCACGCACGAAAAGCUCCUCCGCUUUUUCGAGAUAACCCAAGGUGUCACAACCACGGCUCUUCCAGUCAAGGACGUGUAUACCUUCGAGGAAUUCUUCUGGGCUUGGAGCAGCAACAAGGCAGCAUGGAAUGCUGUACGACCUCUGGAUCCUACCGAAAUCGACCUCACCUAUCCGAUUAGCAAUUAUUUUAUCAGUAGCAGUCACAACACUUACUUGGAAGGAAACCAACUAUCGUCCAAGAGUUCUGCAGAGGCAUACAAAGCCGUGUUACGGAACGGAUGCAGAUGCAUCGAAAUCGACGUGUGGAAUGGUGCCCCGUCACGAACCCCAUCCAAGUCUCCGAAUGGGGAACAUCGCCGACAUAUGUCAAAUGUUUCCGCCAUGUCACGAACGAGUGUCCGACAUGGCUCAAGCCUGAGCGUCGAUCAGCCAGGUCUUUACACAAUGCGAACUCCCCGAGACAGCGGCACGAGUCUGGAUCCAAAGGAACUGAGCGACCGUAUGGAUCGGUCCACAUCAUCAUCAUCCGGGUCCGUCAAGAGGGGUGAACCCAUCGUGCACCAUCAUGGAACCAUGACAACCACGGUACCUUUUAGGGAGGUUUGCAAGGCUGUUAGAGAAGAGGCGUUCGUAACGAAUCAUCUACCGAUCAUUGUCAGUUUGGAGGUUGGUGCGGACCGUGAGCAACAAGAGAUGAUGGUGGAGAUCAUGAAGGAGGAAUGGGCCGGUUUGCUUCUCGAAGAGCCUUUCGAGGACUGCGAUCGCCUAAAACAGCAACCCCGACUGGAACAACUGCUCGACAAGAUUCUGAUCAAGGUGAAGCGGCUGGAUGAUUGCAAUGGCGAGAUACAGGAAGCUCAGCGUGGGCGAUCUCUAAAUGUCAGCUCCCUGCGCUCCAAACCACCAAUUUGCGAAAUGCUUGCUGCCCUAGCCAUUUAUACGCGCAGUGAGCAUUUUGACGAUGUCAACUCUUUAUCCUCAACAACUCCCAGCCAUAUCUUCAGCGUUAACGAGGACAAGUUCCUGGAUAUGAUAGCCCAGGAUAAGGCCAGAAUGAAGAUCAUGGACCACAACAGGCAGUACUUUAUGCGAAUAUAUCCCAAAGGUCUUCGCUUCGACAGCAGCAACCCCGACCCUACUAUUCCGUGGCGACGAGGUGUGCAGAUGGUGGCCAUGAACUGGCAGAAUACCGACGAAGGCACGAUGCUCAACGAUGCCAUGUUUGCGGACACAAAUGGCUGGAUUCUCAAGCCCACUGGCUUUCUGAAAAAUCAAGACGAGAUACCGACAAAGACUGUCGACCUACGAAUCACUGUUCUCGCAGGACAGUCGAUCCCCGUACCUGAGGGUCGGCAGGCUAAGAAGCUGCGCACCCGAGUGAAGGUGGAGUUGCACGUCGAAAAUCCAGACAAGGCGCGUGACUUGACGCGAAUCACUCAACCACAGUCAACCGAGAAUCCAGACUGGGAACGUAAUCCAUAUCCGCUCAAGUUCCCGGGCGUGAGUGGGGUUGUGGAAGAGCUCAGCUUUGUUAGGUAAGUUUUA